CUCUCAGUCAUGACUGUGUGAGCAGUGAGACAGGAGCAGCUGGGCGCGGAGCUGCCUGCAACACCUCUCCCCUCUCUGAAAACUUCAUCCAACAAUCGAGGUUCAGUCUGCUUUUCUUUUAACUGUGUGUGUAUGGACAGCGUAUUGGAGUUUCGUUUGAUGGCUGUGCACUAUCAGAAACUGGCUUUGGUGGAGAAGAGAAGGCAGUUUGGCUGGAGUAUAUGUGGACGAAAUGAAGUUUUUGGAGGGUUUCUGGUCGUUGGACUUCUGGUGCACCUGGGCCCCGCAGGUUGUUGCAAUGAAUUCUUGUGAUCUUUUUGAACGUCUGGUGUAAUUUUCUUUAAAGCGCACAGAGCCACAGCCUCCCCAUUAUGGAAAACCUCACCAUGAAUAACGUGACUGUGGAGAAUGACACGUCGGUGCAGGGCAAUCAAACCCUGGGUGUUUGGACUGACUACACAGUUGAAUACAAAGUGGUCAGCGUGCUUUUGGUGUCCCUUAUAUGCGGGUUGGGGAUUGUGGGGAAUGUGAUGGUGAUACUGGUGGUUCUGACCACCAAACACAUGCGGACUCCCACCAACUGUUACCUGGUGAGUCUGGCUGCGGCUGACCUGAUGGUCCUGACGGCCGCCGGGCUGCCCAACAUCACCGACGCACUGCACGGACAGUGGGUGUACGGUUACGCGGGCUGCCUGGGGAUCACUUAUUUUCAGUAUCUGGGGAUAAACGCGUCCUCCUGCUCCAUCACCGCCUUCACCGUGGAGCGCUACAUCGCCAUCUGCCACCCCAUCAAAGCGCAAUUCCUGUGCACUUUAUCCAGGGCGAAGAAAAUCAUCAUGCUGGUGUGGGCGCUCACCUCCGUCUACUGCGUCAUGUGGCUCUUUCUGUCAGACACGCAAAAGUUGGUGUAUAACAACGUGGUGCUGCUCAGCUGCGCCUACAAGGUGUCCAGGAGUUACUACCUGCCCAUUUACUUCACAGAUUUCGCAGUGUUUUACGUGCUGCCUCUCAUGCUGGCCACAGUUCUGUACGGACUGAUCGCCCGGAUACUUUUCCUGAACCCGCUGCCUUCAGACCCAAAGGACAGCACCAAGAAGUGGAAGAAGGAGGCGAGUCAGGGAGGGAGGAUGUUCAGCACCUGCUCCUCCAGCAGCACCACGGCUGCCUCCCGCAGACAGGUGACAAAGAUGCUGGCUGUGGUGGUGAUCCUCUUCGCCUUACUUUGGAUGCCCUACCGGACCUUAGUGGUGGUCAACUCCUUCCUGGACAAGCCCUACCUGGACACCUGGUUCCUGCUCUUCUGCCGUCUCUGCAUCUACCUAAACAGCGCCAUCAACCCAGUCAUCUACAACGCCAUGUCCCAGAAGUUCCGCGCUGCUUUUAAGAAAUUGUGUCACUGCGGCCCUCAGCGUAUGGAGAAACCAGCUUCUUACAGUGUGGCGCUAACCUACAGUGUCAUCAAGGAGACGUCCAACGGGGAAAGUCCCGACCACUUCACUACAGAAAUGGAUGAACUAAACACGCCGACAGAUCAGUAUCUACCCGCCAGCAUCCUGCCAAGUGCCAAGAAGAUGCCGUUCGCAGAGCCUUGUCUGUCAGGGAGUGAUGUCAAAGCCUGACUAUAAAAUACUUUCCACCUUAAGAGGAUAGCAGAGACUCUGACAGCUGCAGUAUGGAUUCAGUCACCCAUGGGAAAUUUUAGAGAAGUUUUAAUGAAAAGUACCCUCACAUCUUCAAUUUAAUUUCACCAAGGUAUUUUCUCUUAAAAAUGUUUAUUUUAUUUGACAAGACAAGUUGCCAAAGGCCAAAUAGGAUGAGCUGACUUUUAGCAUUUUAUACAAAAUAAGUGCAGGGAGCUUUCAUGAAUCUUGCAGAAACACAGUUUAUUGACACAUUGACACAGGAAACUGAAACUGAAUUGACAUACAGUACAACAAUAUGUAACCCUGAAUGGCGGGAAAAUAUUUUAUCUCAAUAUUUAUAGAAAUAUUUAUCAAGAUAUGUAUGUUGAUCUUAAGAUUAUGUAGCAGGAUGCAGAACAAGAAAAUUGAUUAAGAACUGUGUAAGCUGCAGAUAGAAUAUCUAUUUAUAUUAAUACAUUAUAUAAAAAAAGAUAAAGUCACCAAUUAUGUCAGACUAUCCCUACACUGUGUGAAAUGUUUACAGCCAUGAAACUUAUAUCUUCGUCAGUUACAUUCAUCAAUUAAACUAGUAAUGUUACAGUUUGUUGUGGGAGUUUUUAUCUUGAGAGUCUCGCUACUUGUUAAUUACUGGUGACAGUAAUUAAACGCCGCCGCCCACUGACAGUGCUUCAGGUUUAAAUUAGUUCCUCGUAUUUCCCAUCUUCCCUUUGACAGUAUGCAUCACCUACACUGUUUAUUUCAUGUCACACUCAAAAUGACAUUAGCCUAGCACUGUUUGGGACUAACUUUGUGGUAGGGGUGGGCAGACCAAUAUCAAAAUAUUGAUUCAAUAGAAUUUACGUUUUUAAUUGUGAAGCUCGAUCAUAGCAUCAAGAGGAUCAAUACAAAAAAAACUGUCAAGCAAUGUUUUGUUGUCAUGAACGCAUCAAGUGCAUGUGCUGUUUUUGUGUUGUGUGCACGCAAACAGCAGCACACUGCAGCGUGCACCUUGACUAGUUUCAUCCAAAACAUAAUUGCAGUGAAGGCUUGAUGAAAGAAAAGAAAAAAACAAAAAACACGACAAAGGGAACUUGGAGCUGCCACCAAAAAGAAAGGAGGAAAAGGUAAAAUGCCUCAGCAUCCUCGCCGCCAACACAGAGAAAGAGUUCACUGACAGAAUCUUUCAGAGAAGCUCAGGAAAGGAAUAUCCACGUAUAAAGAAGUGAAAUUAAUAUUUUAGUCAAAUCAGAUCUUCAGCAUCAUUGGUUGUUACUUUAGCAGACUGAUUAUUCUCUUCAUAAAUCAUGACACACUGCUUUACCCUGCAUGAAAGUACACUUUUAAUAAUAUAAAGUAUUGAAUCAGUAUCAAUAUUGGUGAUUCUAUCCCUGUUUUAUAUGGUAUUGGAUCGUAACCAAGUUUUAAGGUAUAGUCCACCCUUACUGUAGGGCCCAACAGGACUAAGUAGCCAAAGUAACGCUGGUUUCUCCUCAGCACCUCUUGACCAUUUAAGGUUGUUGUGGUAGUGGCUGCCUAACUUCUAAUAACAAAACAGUGGCAUGUGAUGUGUUUAGCUAACUCAGCUAACCCGGCUGUGCGUAUCUCAGUUUGUAAAAGGCUACCAUAUGACCACUGGGGUUUUUUUCGGUAACAAGUUGUGUAAGGGAUUACAAUUUGAAAUUCGGUAGUAUACAUUAUAAAUUACCAAUCCCAGUAACGCUGUUACUUUGACAGAUUGGGGGUCGAUUUGUUUUUCAGUAGUUUUAUAGACAGGUGAAAUCAGUCGGGUCGCUGUGAAUUUUUGCUUUUGAGUAGUUAGUAAUGUACCUUAAAUAAAUGAUGUAGGGGUGUAACAGUAUUUAAGUCACGGUCCGGUUCGUACCAUGGUUUAGGAUUCACGUCAGGUGUGAGUUCGGUACAGCAGAAAAAAAACCCCCAAAUGCAUACAGAUAUGUUUCUUCUCAUUAAUUUUGAACAGACAGUUUCAGACAGACACAAUCUUCCUGCUGACGAUUGAGGUAACAUUUGUUUAUUAGCAACUUUGAUAAACUAUUUUCAUUGCAAAAAUAAGGAACAUUCAAAACACUGUAUGUACACAGAACAACCUUUCCCAAAAGGCAACAGGUCACAAUAUGCUUUAAACUGAGAGGCAUGUCUUAUGCUAUGAAAUUGAAAAUACUAAAAUACAUAAACAUGAAAUUUGUGCAUUGGGAGGAGUGUUUCAUUAGUUCCACCAUUUAAACAUAACAUAGCACUGAAACAUUUAUCAUUCUGGUGAUUGGUAAAUUGGCGACGCCGUCAAAAGUGCGUCACAUAAGUUACCCUACAAUGGUGGAGAAAUGCCGACACACUGUUGUUGACCUCACAACUUUCUCCGUUGCUGUCGUAGCUAACUGGCAACCCGCAGGCAGUUUUCCAGCUUCAGUGAUUCAGUUUCUCUCUCCAUAGUGUGACUGACUUGCCCACCAGUCUGCUUGUUGUGCUAACCUUAGCAUACUAUAAAACAUGAAUUAAUAGCUCAGGCUAUUAUUUGCUUAAAUCACUGAAAUCAACAGGUCUGUCUUUGGAACAGGUGUCUGUAUGGGACAGGCCUUUAAUUCCUCUCACACUAGACUUAAUCAGGAAAGACCAGGAGUAAAAUCAAAUUCUUUAUAUAAAUCAGUAUGAAUGUUACUUGUCUAAAAAUUAGGCUUCAGAUAAUAUAUAAAUUAUGAAUCAUUAAUUUGAUCUAGCUCCAACAGACAACACAUCAGAGAGUUACGGCACUCGAGGAUUACGGCACCCGGCACACCGACACAACAACACUUUAUCCUGUUAAAACUCACAACUUGGAUUCAUUUUUAUGAAAAACCCUUUUGAUCCUUUUGACCUGAGGACCCUAUGGACUAAAGGAAUAUGAAUAACUUAGAGGGUAAUCGAGGAAUGGACACAUAAUUUGAGGUAGCAAACAACUUGGUUUAUACAUCCGAAGAACAUCUGUAAAAGAAAAAAAAAAGAACUGCUCUGCAACCAGACCAGGUGCCUAAUUGAGCCAGGCCUUUAUUUGUCAAAAUGUGAAGCCACACCGGGCUAGUAAAAGGGACUGGGCGUUUAAUUGAAGUUUUACGGUAUGUUGCUAGCGUUGCAUUAUGCUCAUUAAGUACUGUGUAUUCUGCAUGCACAGGACCGUGACCCCCGUACGGAGAUGUUUUAGUACGAAUACAUGAACUGUAACAGCCCUAAUGUAAUGUGUAAAUUAAAACAUUUUUCAUUGGAUAUGGCUGGUUAGAGAUAUACUGUAUUUGUUUCUGUGUUGGGACUUGGUAAAAGUAUGUCAUCAAGCAGUCUGAUUCAUGUGUUUAUAUUCCCCAUCUGGAUGCCAUAGACUUACAUUAACAUGGUAUCCAGGUUUGACUUCACAGUCUCUCCUCUUGGUUCAUUGACCUCCCCAUCAGAAACCAUAUCACUCAAAUGAAUUCAAAUGCACAACACUGUGAAUUUUAAUCCUGGCACCAGAGAGAGAGCACAGAAAUAGAAUCACACGACCUUUUUAAAGGCUCCAAGUAAAGAAAAGAACAGAUAUUACAGGCAUUCAUUUAAACCUGCAGUUUCAGUUUAAAACCUGAAUGAUUUCUGCAGGGAAUUAAAAGUGACAGACACACCAAAGCUUAUAGUUGCUUGGUCACUGUGAAGACAGCCACUGUGGAACCUGUGAGAAGCCUGUGAAGGUCAGUAGCCAGUGUAUUCUAAUGAGGAAGAAAUGUGCAACCCUGAUGUGCAGACAGAGGGGCUGUUCGUCAAAGGGUCAGAUAACUGUCAUGGCAGUAAUUCACUGAUAUUGCCUGAGACUGCAGAGUGCAGCACUUUUCUGCGAUUUAUCUGCUCAGCAAAACCCACAGAGCAAUGAUGAAAUGUGUAAAUAGAUUGCGACAAAGUGCCAUACUUGAGUUGGUGCAAUCCACAGUAUGUAUAUAGCUCACCCUGCUAUUAAAAGAAGCAUUUUCUGCUGUUUGUUUGAGCUGCGUAUAUGUAUAAAGUGAAGAGCACUCGGAGGGAAUGAAUACUGAGUAAACUAAAUGAGAGGGAGCUGUUUCUUAGCGAGCAGCAGGCUGGUUAUUUUUUGGUCUAUACUGUAAAGUUGCUUGAAAUUGAUUGUGCAGUGCAAUGUGAAAUUAAUUCAAUAUCGUGUUUUCAAAUGUGUCAGCAAGUGCAUUUUUAAAAAAUAAUAGCUUGUUUUGAUCCAUUGUUCCAUCUGUGUGUUUUCUGUCAUUUCAAACCAGUCAGUGGAAGCUAAUAAGCUCCAAACUUGAAUAUGUGAGAAAGUGAAAAAAGUUUGAAGAUUGUAAAGUACCUCUCAUUCGUGCACUUUUAUUAAUCCCUCCCUUUGUUCUCAGUUGAAGCGUUUUUUUUUUUUUGGGAAAAUACCAAACAGUUGUGAGGUUGUGUUUCUGUUCUGCACAGUGUGCAGUUUGCAGCAUGAACGUGAGCUUUUGUGAGGCAAACACACACAAAGAUGACAAAAUCUGAUGUAUUUUCAUCUGAGGUGAUGCUUUGUGCACAUUUCUGUCUCAAGCUUUUUUUCUGCUUUGCUGUUUGAUGGAUCGUUUCGUAUUUUGUAUUGUUCUUUGUCUUUAAUAAACAGAGACAAUAACUGCA